GUAACAAAACGAUCGAGCGAGAACAAGAUGAUGCUGAGAAGAUGAUUAAGGUCGAUCGGGAGCGGUGAUCAGAUUGGAGAGUCAGAACGGAGAGCGCAAUGAAAUUGACGUGUAUAUAGGCGCGCGCUAAUUACAAAUGACGAAAAUUAACAGUUAAUAUACGCGCGUACACGUACGGGGAACGGGGGGUGGUUUGAUUGGGCCAAUUCGAGGCAAUUCCUGGCGAUUGCUGAUUUCAUUGAGCUUGCGCUUAAGAGUGCUUGGCUCAGUGCCGCGCCAACUGCCGGCCAACAGACAUGGAUCUCUUUUUCGAGGCAACGAAAAUACCUUUCGCGAUUUUCGCAUAACAAUCGGUUGAGUUCCGAUGCGACGUGUAGGUCUCUCAUUCGCGACGAUUUUGUGCGGUACCAACUUUAUCUAUCUUAUCGAAUCGUUUAGAGCCAGGAAGAGUCUGUUUUACGAAAGGACUAUGUGAUUUCUGAUUCAUGUUUCGUUUGAAAAAAGAGAACUAAAUUAAAAAGAAAGUGUAAAGCAAAAAUUAGAUUGGAAAAUAGAAGGUGCGAAACAAAAAAGUCGCGAACUUACUUACAACGAAUAAAGUAUAUGUAUCUGAGAUGCUCUUUUAACUCAGUGAUAGUGAUUCGCGCUUACAUAUCAAUCAAAGGGACACACAGAGAUUUAAGUGGCAGAACGUUAAUCAGCAGAUGGUUUACAUAUUUCUCGCGACAGAGUGUUGCACCUGAAAAAUUUGAACAGAUUAGAGAAAUAGUAUAAACAUCAGAAAAAAGAGCGCAAAGCUGAAAAAUAAUGAUAAGGUCGGGGAAGGGCGGUCGUUUGCCGAUCGCGGGGACCCGCGGUGGCGGGGGCAGCGAGGAAACGAUGGCGGUGGACCGCGAGAGGCAGCAUCACCGCGCCCGCAUGAAGCCAGGAUUGGCCGGGCCCAAGGUGUGGGGGCGGCCUGGGCCGGCGUGCCUCGGAAAAUAUAAGCCUGUGUGAGUGGUGGUUGAUUAGCCAGAGGCUCGGGACGGAGAGUAGUGGCGAGAGUGUCCAGACGAAGAGAAGAGAGGAACGGACGUUCUCGUCAAAAGGGAGACGACGUCGUCGUCGUCGUCGUCGCCGUAGUUCAGUCCAGUCUUCCAAGGUCUGGCCACGAAUAAUCGGCCGGCGCAUCGCCGCGAGUUAACGCCGCUUAAAACUAAUCAAAAUUAAUCAUAACCCGGGCAACAAUUGAUCGCAAUUGCCGCGCGCUCUCCAUUACGGACAAUCGGGCAAUCGGCGGCGUCGCCUCUUCCUUUUUUUACUGACAGGAAGCAGGAAGAAUCUCGGAAGAGCCCAUCGAUGAUGAGAGCAUGAUCGACGCUGAGGUGUGAGACAAGAGUGGUCUCACCAACAUCUGUUCUCGGAUUUUAAUUUAAUCGAACGGGAAUCGGUCGACGUCCUCGAUGAAGACGUGAAUUCAUGAAAAACAUCCAGAAGAACCUUCACUGAAGAUAAUAGAAGUGAUUUGUGAAAUAUUCGUCAUGGGAGCUUAAUUAAAAUAUAUAAAUUAACAUCAAGACACACACUCAGUGAUUACAAUAUCAGAUUUGCAGACAAAAUGGUGACUAUUACGAGUCAGAUGUAGAGAUGUGAAUGAGAAUAAAAAAGUUAAUAUAACAAAAAAACCAGUAGAUAACUCAAGAUUAAUUGAAUUGAACGUUUCAGAAAACUUCUUCAAUUUUCCAUCUCGAGACAAAUAGUGUUACAUUUUAUUAAUCAAGAAGAAUAUCGUACGUUUUUACAAAAGAAUAAACUGAGUCAGUUAACUGAACUAUUGAUGCAAAACUGUCGUAUAAACUUUAGAAUUGUACAUAUCAUCAGAGACAUUGACAAAGACGAAAGAAUAGAAAUCAAAAACGUCUUUAAGUCAUAUUGCGAACUCUUCUGUUUGAAUACUUAUAUAUUCAUUUAAAUAGAAGCGCAUUGACUUAUAGUUGCCUAAAAAACUACUCAAGAUGGACGGCGCUCCCUCAUGGGACGACCCGAUUUUUUCGGACUUUGGGGCUCGUGGUGGAACUACCGGGGCCCACAGCAUCCAAGUGAUGCUGAGUCUACACGGAAGCGGCGGUCAUCACGCUGGCAGCGACCUGAUGCCGACCGGUGGCGGUCAGCUUCACAAGCUCGAUUCGUCUAACAGCCCGUCGCCGCAUCAUCAGGCCGCGUCGCAGCAUCAGCAUCAUCUGCAGCAGCAACAACAGCAGAAGGAGCUCAAGGAGCUCGAGUUGUCCGGCAUGUACGCGCCUUUGCCACCACAGACUCAGGACGUUACUACUUCAACGUCGACAAGUGUCACGCCGACUUCGACAAGUCUGCAGCAAAGUUUGCAGCUCGGCAACGCGCUCAAAAGGAAACCAGACGAUCCGAUCAACGCACUCGCGCCAGUUAGCAGCGAAGCGCAGCCAGCUAAAAAAGAUUCGAAGAAGAAGACUGACAACAACAAUAUUAAGAAAAAAAAGACGAGAACAACUUUCACGGCUUACCAGCUUGAAGAACUUGAGAGAGCUUUCGAACGUGCGCCUUACCCAGAUGUGUUCGCACGUGACGAGCUCGCGAUGAAGCUUUCCUUGUCGGAGACUCGUGUGCAAGUCUGGUUCCAGAACCGUCGUGCAAAGUGGCGAAAGAAGGAACCGCCGCGCAAGACCGCUGGUUACAUGGCCGCAGGAUCUGCCAGUCCUGGUCUAUCAGGUUCCUUCACGUCGCUUAACAAUACCUUGAAUCCAUUCGCAUCACCGACGACAGCGACGGCACCGCCAGAUGCGUGGGCAUACUCACCGGCCGCGUACGAUUUGGCGCCGCACUUGAAUCUACUCAGCCCGUCUAACUCGCCAUAUUCAACCGCGGCAGCAGCGGGCUUCGGCAACAACGGCAGCGUCUCAUAUUCGUCGUAUGCGAGCAUGCUGCCGACACAGCACGACGCCGCGUUAUUCUCCACACCGGCGGCCGCCGGCAACACCAUGCGCGUUCACCAGGACUACAUGAACCCCGGUGGUGGCAGCAGCCCGCCGCCUCCCGGUGGUCCCCUCACUCGCGCUGAUUAUCAGACUAUGGUGACGACGCAUUCACCACCCACUCAUCUGGGAAACUCCAUGUCCGAGGACGAGCACGGCGGCUGCCUCGCAGAUAAAUAUGGGCACGAGCAAACCACGGCCGACUACGGCCAGCAGCAACAGCAGCAACCGCCGCCGCCCGAUCAAAAACAGGAUUAUGGAAUGCAUUCACCGCAAGCACGCCAGGCUAUGAAGGACCAAGUAAUGGUCAAGAGCGAACCUGGCAGCCAACAGAGUUACGUGCAGCUGCCUCCUUUUCUGAACUGACUCGCGGCCUCCUCCGCUCUAGAUCUCUUCUAGGCGACUUCUGCGAUCUGUCCGUGUCUCGUAAGGAGCGCGAGGAGUAUUAGAUCCUGAGACACCGUUAUUCCGGCUACACUCGUGUAACCAGUUUUAUUUAAAUUGUAGCUCUCUUCCUAAAAAAUAUGUAUUGAGUAAAUUGAAAAAUUUGCUGAUUAGAUUACUUUUCCAUGUAUGUGUAUACAUGUUUCAGUUGACUUUAAAUAAUCAAAAUUUGCAACAGAUUUGGAUCAGAAUUUACACAUACAUCAGAAAAUAUUAUACAUCGGAAUCUCAUAUACGUAUAUGGCUUACAUAAAAUUAUAAAUAAAAUUCUGUCUUAAAUCGUAGACCUUUUAACUUAAAAAAAACAAAAAAAAUGUACAAAUUUUUAAAUUAAAUCAAUGAAAUAAGGUUAUGGUUGGUAUGCAAAGUAUUGAAAAUAGUAUUUAAAUUAAAAGUUUUAAUAAGAUUCUGAUCUAUGCAGCACUUCAAUAUUACGAAAAAUGAGAAACAAUCCAGGAUCGAGCAUGAAUAUUUGCGUUAUAACAUGCGCAACAUUUUUUUGUACUUGUUGCUCGAGUGAUCGCGAGAAAUUGCGUCUCGUCGCUUUACGCAUAAGUAGUCGAUGAAACACAUAUUAUGCAUAAAUGUACCGAAAAAGAGGAUAUAAGACAUUCUAAGAUGUGAAAUAUCUUAUUUGGAGAGAAAAGGUAGAAGGAUUUGAAGAAGGUAGUACCUUGGAUACUUGGAUAAAUUCUCGUGCGUUACGCGCGUCGGAAAGAGAGAAUCGUUUGAAAAUUGAUGCGUCAGUCGCUUUGAGUGACAUCUCGUGGUAACUAUAAAUAUUUGACAGUCGUUUGCUUCCUCUCGAUUGAUAAGAAUGUGAAAUAUUCUGAAAAAUAUUUUUAAUUAUACUAUAGAUAUAUUUAGUUAAUGAGAAAAACUCAUUAUAUUAGAUUUGUAAUAUAAUUUAACACGGUAUUUUCCGUGCCUUGAAUAAUCAAUGCCUUACACAGUGCCUUUGUAUUAGAAAAAGUGAAUCUUAAUCGAAAUAAAUUUCGCUUUGUAUCUCGCAA